AUGUCACUUUUUCUGUUAAUGGAGAAGAGAAAGAUCAAGAAGAUAAUAGUUGAUGAGGGAACUGAAGAAGCGACGACAUUCAUCUUUGACGACGGAAAGCUCACAUUCGUUGUCGAUAAAAAUGGACAACACUUACACAAAAGAAAGAGACCAAGAAAAUUUUUAGAUCUCCCAAAAGCUAGGAAACCAAAGGAACCAUUUCCAGUACCAGCCGUCCAAGAACCAGAGAGACUUUUGAUACCAAAACCUGUGGUUGACAAAUAUGAUCCAGAUCAGUUCUUCCCAAAAAUACCAAAGUUAGAAUAA